AUGUCUCUUCACCAAGACCAGCAGCAAUGCAAGCAAGGCAUCACCCUGCCACCGGCACUCUGUAAGGCAAAGCCGAAAGAGUGCCCGGAACUUGUGCCGUGUCCAGAGCCGGUGAAAUGCCCUGAGCCAAUACCAUGUUGCCCAGAGAAGCCGCCGUGCAAGGAACCACCAGUCCAAGUUCCUACUCCAUGCCCCAAGCCAAUACCGUGUCCUCAGGAGAAGCAGCAGUGCAAGCUGCCACCAGUCCCCGUUCCUCUUCCACUCCCUGAGCCAAUACCAUGCUCUCCAGAGAAGCCGCCAUGCAAGGAACCACAAGUCCUAUUUCCUCUUCCACACCCUGAGCCAAUACCAUGUCCUCAACAGAAGCAGCAGUGCAAGGAACUGCCAGUCCCAGUUCCUCUUCCACUCCCUGAGCCAAUACCAUGCUCUCCAGAGAAGCCGCCAUGCAAGGAACCACCAGUCCAAGUUCCUACUCCAUGCCCCAAGCCAAUACCGUGUCCUCAGGAGAAGCAGCAGUGCAAGUUGCCACCAGUCCCAGUUCCUACUCCAUGCCCUGAGCCAAUACCAUGUUCUCCAGAGAAGCCACCAUGCAAGGAACCACCAUUCCCCGUUCCUCUUCCACACCCUGAGCCAAUACCUUAUUGUCCAGAGAAGCCGCCAUGCAAGGAACCACAAGUCCUAUUUCCUCUUCCACACCCCGAGCCAUUACCAUGUCCUCAACAGAAGCAGCAGUGCAAGGAACUGCCAGUCCCAGUUCCUACUCCAUGCCCCGAGCCAAUACCUUGUUCUCCAGAGAAGCCACCAUGCAAGGAACCACCAGUUCCAGUUCCUACUCCAUGCCCUGAGCCAGUGAAAUGCCCACCUUGUGUGAAGACGUGCCCACCCAUUGAACAGCAACAAUGCAAGCAGCAAUGCCAGUUGCCACCCAAUUGGAAGUAA